GCAGAGUGCAACAGCCUCAGUGAAAAACAACAACAACACUACAGCGGGGAGAGAGAUGUCCCCGUGAACAAGCACACGGCCCUGAUCACUGUGCUCGUAAUACUCACAGCUGCUACUUCCAUCGGAGCUGUUUAUGUCGAUGGUGUCGAGCCCAUGAACUUGGCCAGUUUAAGCGGGGAGGCCGGCGGGAGCCAGCUCCUCUUCGCCAACUUUAACCAGGACAAUACGUCCUUGGCUGUUGGCACAAAAUCUGGUUACAAGUUUUUCUCCCUGUCUUCAGUGGAUAAAUUGGAGCAAAUAUAUGAAUGUACGGACACAGAAGAUGUGUGCAUUGUGGAGCGUCUGUUUUCCAGUAGCCUGGUGGCUAUUGUCAGCCUCAAAGCUCCCAGGAAACUCAAAGUCUGUCACUUUAAGAAGGGAACUGAGAUAUGCAACUACUCAUAUUCCAACACCAUUCUGGCAGUCAAACUCAACAGACAGAGGCUUAUAGUUUGUCUUGAAGAGUCACUUUACAUCCACAACAUCCGUGAUAUGAAAGUUCUGCACACUAUCAGAGAGACUCCUCCCAAUCCUUCUGGAUUGUGCGCCCUUUCCAUCAGCAAUGAUAACUGUUACUUGGCGUAUCCAGGUAGUGCAACGAUAGGAGAAGUUCAAGUGUUUGACACGGUCAACUUGCGAGCAGCCAACAUGAUUCCUGCUCAUGACAGUCCAUUAGCUGCUUUGGCUUUUGAUGCCAGUGGAACUAAACUUGCAACAGCGUCAGAAAAGGGCACAGUUAUACGUGUCUUUUCAAUCCCUGAAGGACAGAAGCUUUUUGAAUUCAGAAGAGGGGUCAAAAGGUGUGUGAGCAUCUGUUCACUGGCGUUUAGUAUGGAAGGCCUGUACUUAUCAGCCUCCAGCAACACAGAGACGGUCCACAUUUUCAAACUAGAGACACAAAAGGAAAAAUAUGUGCCUACAGAGGAACCCGCCACAUGGGGAGGAUACCUUGGCAAAAUGUUGAUGGCGUCCACAACCUACCUGCCUUCUCAGGUCACAGAGAUGUUCACCCAGGGACGGGCCUUUGCCACUGUGCGCCUGCCUUUCUGUGGGCACAAGAAUAUCUGCGCCUUAGCUGUGAUUCAAAAGAUUCCGAGGUUGCUUGUGGCAGCAGCAGAUGGAUAUUUGUAUCUGUACAAUCUGGAUCCCCAAGAGGGAGGAGAGUGUACCCUAAUGAAGCAGCACAGGUUAGAUGGCAGUACUGAGCCAUCUAACGAGAUCCUUGAACAGGGGUCACAUGACCGCCCACUUGUGGCCCAAACCUACAGUGCAGCAGUCACAAGAGGUAACUGUGAGGAGCAGGGUGCAGUGGGCGGGGCAGGGCUAGAUGAAGACCUCAAUGACCUGCGUUUAGAAGAGGAGAAUGAGCAGCCGCCACUCAUAUUAGAAACUGACUGAACAAAUGAACAGCUGUAUCCACCAAUCAGGACGCUCCUCUGGUGCUGCAAACACGAGGGGGGAGGAUUCAAGACGGGGGUGUUUUUCAACGCUUAAAAAUCCUGUCUUAUGUUAUGUAUGUGUGUGUUUCUGUCUACACACAUGUCGACAUUUUAUCCAUCUAAUUUCCACAUUCAUAUGCUCCUUUUUAUCUUCUCCCUGCUGCUUUGCAUGUACAUGUGCCAACUGCAAACAUGCUCCAACCAUGUGGCAAUGCUGUGAGUGUGAGCAUGUAAAACAUUUGAUUUCAAAAUGUAGCUGUGUCCAAAAUGAAGGCACAACUCCACACAGACACUGUGUAAAAUGUAAGUGGUGUGAAAGUGCCUCAAUGUCAUGGUUAAUUCUGUGAGGGAAACCUUUCUGCAAUGACCCAAUAAAAUCUGUUGCUUUGUCAGAUCUUAAUUAACAAUGUGUUCAGUACUUUUGUCUUACACCAUACGCUCUCACUGAUAGACUACAUAGACCGCUACAAUCCACCCUGAACUUUCAGAUGAGUGAACAUUGCCUCAUGUGUGUCUGUGCUGGGCAUGUACAUUGGCAAAUCCUCAAGCGAUGACCCUACAUUUCCUCCUGCUCACAUUCUAUACCUCCAGGCUCGGGCUUCAUGGUACCUCCCUUUCCCUGACAGACCUCUCAUCAUUGAUUUGCUUUUUUGAACUCUUAAUGUAAAGACCUGUUUUGAAAUCUACUUAACCAAUCAUAACCAAUGCGUAAGAAAACAUGCAUGGUGAUGGUGAUGUACUGUGUUCAUACAUUGAAGGCAUUUAAGUGGUUACUGACAUACAAACCUGCUCCUCCUGCUGUACUUUGUAGAUUUCCACUGUACCAUAGUGUUCAGGAGAUGUGUUUUUGAGUGAGAUCAAGGAGUCGUCUGCAUGAUUCUAGUCCUUUUGUUUCAGAAGGAUGAGUAAUGUCAGACAUUUGUAAUAAUUUUGUACAAAAUGUGAAAUAUUCAUUUGAUCCAUGAAAAUAAACCCAUGUUUAUGUGUUAAA